AUGCCUUCUUGGAUACCCCUUUUGUCUCUCGUGGCUGCUUAUGCGCCUCAGGUUCUGGCAUCCUGCGCCUACGGGACUCAUCUUCAUCGCCGGUCCGAUGUUAUUGAAGCUCCCAAGUUCGGAUACUCUGCUGCUAAUGGCCCGGCCAACUGGUAUAACCUGGACCCUAAGGCUAAUGACCUUUGCGCCACUGGUAACCACCAGUCCCCCAUCAACAUGGCCGACGGCUCAUUCGAGCUUCUCUCGUCAUCGGAUCUCCAAAUCGAAAUCCCCGACUUCACCGAGGGCGCCGAGUUCGAAAACCUUGGAAGCACCGUAGAAGUCGUCACUGAAGGCCUCGGCGGAAAACUCACCAUCGAUAACACUACAUAUGAGCUGAAGCAGUUCCACUUCCACCUCCCCAGUGAGCAUCUCGACGACGGCACCAGCAUGGCCAUGGAGAUGCACAUGGUGCAUGCCAGUGAGGACAAGAAACUGGCCGUCAUCGGCAUCUUCAUCGAUCUUGACGAUGGAGCGGCCGCUGCUACUCACAAAUCAAAGGUCGCUGCCAGGGAGGCCCGUAAGCCUCACCCAAGGGCCCCUGCUUUGCAAUCCACUAUUGCUGCAACGGUUCUCGACUCGGUGGAUAAGAUUGCGACCCUGGGAAAGACCACUCACAUCAAGCCCCUGAAGAUGACCGGUCUUGUUUCUCUCCUCGAGUCUGGCUCUUUCAAGUCAUACUCUGGUUCGCUUACCACCCCUCCCUGCAGCGAGGGCGUCAAGUGGCUUGUGUCCACUGAGAAGUUGACUAUUCCUACCAGCACUUAUCUUAAGGCUCGUUCAGUUAUCGGCUACAAUGCUCGUUUCCCCCAGAAUGUUCCCGGCGAGGAGAACAUCUUGACCAUGUUGGCUGAUGAGGUUGAGGAGUCUCAUUAA